CUAGCAUUUUGGGUUGCUCAGCGUAAAGCAUCGUAUCUACUGUUUCAUGGUGUAGAACUGGCGUGCAGCACAAUAGUGUAUGGAUCAUAGCCCUUUUCAUUUUAUUUUUUGCAAAAAAUAAUUGCAGGAAAAAAGAAAAUUUACAUAAAACCUACCAAUUAGUGGAUCUGCAAAGGAUUUUGUUUUGUUAAAGCCCGGUCAAAAUGUCAACGGGUAAAGAAAUCGGGGGAGCCCAACAUGCUCAAUAUGUGGGACCAUAUCGACUGGAAAAAACGCUUGGAAAGGGACAGACAGGGUUGGUGAAGCUUGGAGUCCACUGUGUAACAUGUCAAAAGGUUGCAAUAAAGAUCGUCAACAGGGAGAAGCUCAGUGAGUCUGUGCUAAUGAAGGUGGAACGUGAGAUCGCCAUCUUGAAGUUAAUAGAACAUCCACAUGUUUUAAAGCUACAUGACGUCUAUGAAAAUAAAAAAUAUUUGUACUUGGUGCUAGAGCAUGUUUCCGGGGGAGAACUCUUUGAUUAUCUUGUGAAAAAAGGACGAUUGACACCAAAGGAAGCCAGAAAAUUCUUCAGACAAAUCAUAUCGGCGUUAGAUUUCUGCCAUAGUCAUUCAAUAUGCCACAGGGACUUGAAACCAGAAAAUUUAUUGUUGGAUGAAAAGAAUAACAUUAGGAUAGCAGACUUUGGAAUGGCUUCACUGCAGGUUGGCGACAGCUUGUUAGAAACGAGCUGUGGUUCACCCCAUUAUGCCUGUCCUGAAGUCAUCAGGGGAGAAAAGUAUGAUGGUCGAAAAGCAGAUGUCUGGAGCUGUGGUGUCAUCCUUUUUGCACUCUUGGUGGGAGCACUGCCAUUUGACGAUGAUAAUCUGAGACAGUUAUUGGAAAAAGUAAAACGUGGAGUGUUUCAUAUGCCACACUUUAUACCACCGGACUGCCAAAACCUCUUAAAGGGAAUGAUUGAGGUGGAUGCUUCAAAACGCUUGACUCUAGACCAGAUCCAAAAACACUCUUGGUAUAUAGGCCCCAUGGCAAGUGUUUUGCAUGAAUUAAGGUGCAUUGAAAAGGAAAUUUUACCUGCUAGUGGGGGUAAGAAUGAACCUGAGCCAGAGCAGCCUGUUCCAAGAAAGGUACAGAUCCGUUCACUACCGUCACUGGAGGAUAUCGACCCUGAUGUCUUGGACAGCAUGCACUCGCUGGGUUGUUUUAGAGAUAAAAACAAGCUAAUGCAAGAUUUGGUGUCAGAAGAAGAAAAUCAAGAAAAAAUGAUUUAUUUUCUUCUUCUUGAUCGGAAAGAGCGGUAUCCAAGCCAUGAAGAUGAAGACUUGCCUCCUCAAAAUGAUAUAGAUCCACCUAGAAAAAGAGUAGACUCGCCAAUGUUAAAUCGGCAUGGCAAGCGGCGACCUGAACGGAAGUCGAUGGAAGUACUGAGCGUAACAGACGGGGGCUCUCCAGUUCCAGCACGGCGUGCUAUAGAGAUGGCACAGCACGGCCAGAGUAAAAGUAUGUUCAGUAAAAGCUUGGAUAUCACAGAUGCCAAUCCCAGAAUCAACAAAGAAGAAAGAUCACGAUCAAUAAGUGGAGCAUCAUCUGGCCUCUCCACCAGCCCUCUAAGCAGUCCAAGGCCUAUCAGAAAGUUCUUUGCUCCCGCCCAGAUUCCUGAGCUUAACCCCUGGCCCAAAUCCCAUUCCCCCAUAAUUCCUCAUUGUCAUAGAAAUACAACAAAGCCCAGUAAUGUGCUUCAACCAAAGAUAGGGUUUCAAUCCAAUACAAUGACUCAGACUCUUCCUUCUAAGAGUAAGCUCACAGAUAAACCUUUGCAAGCCACUAAAUCUAAUCCUGUUGUAAUAUCGGAAACACGCCCUCCUCAGAACCCUCCUGUUAAAAACGUACAGAGUCAGCAAAGCACAGUCACGUCGCCAACCCAAUUGUUUGUUCCCUCAGUCCAGAUCACACCCCUGUCUCUUGUCAGAUUGAUCCCUGGUACUGAUCCAAGCACCAAAUCUAUCCCUAUAAUACAGGUGACCCCUCAUCCUUCCCCAAGGGGAAGUCCCCUCCCCACCCCAAAGGGCACACCAGUCCAUACUCCCAAGGAGAGUCCGGCGAGUACUCCGAAUGCAACGCCACCGUCCAGCCCCAGCAUUGGAGGAAUGCCUUGGAGGACGCGGCUGAAUUCAAUCAAAAACAGUUUCCUUGGCUCACCACGGUUUCACCGCAGGAAAUUACAAGUACCGACGACAGAGGAGAUGUCAAGCUUAACUCCCGAGUCUUCCCCAGAACUUGCCAAAAAAUCAUGGUUUGGUAACUUCAUCAACCUGGACAAAGAGGAACAGAUAUUUGUGGUGAUCAAGGACAAGCCAUUGAGUUCCAUUAAGGCCGACAUUGUCCAUGCAUUUCUCUCAAUCCCCAGCCUAAGUCACAGUGUCAUGUCUCAGACAAGUUUCCGAGCAGAGUACAAAUCCACUGGGGGACCAGCUGUGUUCCAGAAGCCAGUUAAAUUCCAGGUGGACAUCACUUACACAGAAGGCAGUGAGGCACGGAAGGAGAAUGGGAUUUAUUCUGUCACCUUCACACUGCUGUCAGGUCCAAGUCGUCGGUUCAAAAGGGUCGUGGAAACAAUUCAGGUCCAGUUGCUAAGUACACAUGACCAGCCUUCCGUGCAACAGUUGUCUGCAACUUCUCACUGUAUGCAGCUGCUGACUGGCAGACUUUCAAAAUGUGGAAUUGUCCAGAAAACUUGUUAACUCUCCUCUGGUGAAUCCUAUGGCUGCGGACAUUUGUCGAAGGAGAGGCAGCUGAUAUCUUGGUGCAUGUGGGAACUUGGCGCCCUUUUGACGCUUAACACUUGACCAAACCGGAGCUGCUGCAUCCCAGGAAAAGGAACGGAAUUCCUGGGAGAGACUUGACACCCUUCAGCAGCAGUAUGUCCACCAGAGAGGGGAUAUGGGGGCGGGAGGGAGGGGAUGAACUAAACAGCACUGCAUUUAUUAAUAUGAGCUCCGGCAGCUACAGUGGACUUUUUUCUUUGUUGAAGCAGGACUUUGGUGAGACUGCUGCUGAUUGGUAAGAGAUCGGAGAGUCAGACAACAUAGCAGCAACAAAUAAAGCACGAACAACUGUACCAACCCUACUCUCUGUAUAUUUUCUGUUUGUCUCGUUGUGACACCUUGUUUAGCUGUAGGAAAAAAAACAGAUUCAAACACUGUGUUGCCAGUUAUAAGUUUGUCAGUAUUAUUUAUUUUCAAGGUAAUAUAUAUGUGUAUAUAAUAUAUAUAUAUUUUCAUCAUUUCACAAGGGCACCAUGUUCAACUGAACAGUGUUGCUAGUUUACUAUCAUGGGGGUUUGAUCACCCACCAGUGUAAAAGGCUACAUUUAUUGUGGACAUUUUAUAUAUAUUUUUCCCCCUUUCUGACCUUAUUUAUUGAACCCCAGUAAUUCAACAGAACGUCUCGGUGUAUGAAUGUUGUCUUUCAUUGUGAAUGACUUAUAGAGGCAACACUUACUGUAUUAAAGGAAAAAAAAAUAUUUUGUCCAAUUUAUCAGAGCUCUGUGAACAAUAUUAACUUAUUCUGUCCCAAUUCAAGGAACUUGUAGUAUAUGUUUAAAAAGCAAACAGUAAUUUAAAAAUGUAGAAUAGCAGUAGUGUCUGAAAUGAUUAACUUAUAUUGCUAUUUGUUAGUUUCAUAUCAGUGUGCGUGUACCACAGGUAAAUUAUUGAAGCAGUUCCUGUACAUAAUUAAAUUAACAAUGGACUUUGAACCACUGGAAGUUACUGUUAUUGAAUUUAUCUUGUAUAACUGUGUGCAUGUCAGACAUGGUUUUUUCUUUGCAUGAUGUUGCUGUAAUUGUUCCCAUAAUGCUCUGUCCUCUUUCUUGCUCUCCUCUGUGCCCACACUAAUUAAUGCUUCCUUACACUGUACCUCUGCAAAACUGCUGGACUACAACAUGGACAGUACAAGCAGGAAGGGGAAGAAAUAAAGCAAUACUUAUAUUGAUAUCCUUCCUAUUUUGUACUUUGGAGAAAAAAAAAACUUAUUUAACAGACCAACUAUCAAAAUGUACCCACCCACCCCCCACCCCCUUGUAAUAUAACUGUGAGCAACUUCAGUGCAAGAUCAAUAAAUUCAUUCAAUUCCACUACUUUUGUCUGCUGAUAUUUUGCUGAUGGCCAGCAGAUGGCGGGCUUGCUUUAUUCUUCUCUCAAGUCCAGGACUCCAGCUUUCUGUGGAUUAAAACGGGAUCACUUGCCGUCUACAAAACAAGUAGCAACUACAUUGAUCCAACCAUGUGUCACAAACAUAUUAUAUCUGAACAUCUUAUUGAUAUGAGC